UGCAUAACGCGCCUGAUGCGCCACGUCCUGAAUGCUACCAAUAUCGAGAUGGGACGUUGGACUUGAACAUGUGCAUCUAAAAGCCCCUAUAGUCCUCCGUACACAGUGCAUCACAUCAGCCGUAUCCAUUUUCGGAGUCGCCCUUUUUUUGCUGGGGCACGCUACUACGGCACUAGAGUUCAGUACCUACAGGUCCGUCCUCUACUCGCUACUCGGCUUGCUACCUCUGCCUCGCCAGCCCAGCCCAGCACAAGACCCAGUCGUUUCUUCAACUCUUGGAGAGCCUUCUUUCGAGAGCGUUUGUGUCUUGUCAUUUCCCUUUGCUUUCGAUUUCGCUACAGCUUCAACUGACCUGCCUCACUCGCUUUGGCUGUGUCUCUUUUACAUCAAUCAAUCGCUACAUUAAUAAUUUUUAACCUUGACCCAACCUCCUUGCAUUAGUACUCACAGCCGCCCAGGCCGUGAUACUUCAUUCGAUCAGCCGAAAAGGAGGGCGGCGUUGCCCAGCGACCGAAACCUUCAUCUCAUCAUUCGACAAACUCACUCCAAGCCUUUAAGCUGCAUUCAAUUGCUUGCAGCCGACCGCUGGUCUAUUCAUUCGCUCAUACUUCUAAUUGUUACCCGUCUGUCGUUCCUCAGUCGUUCCUCGGACGUAAUACCCUUCCACAGUCAGUUCAGUUGCACUUAGACUCGGCCGUUGAACCCAGUCCCAUAUACAACAUCCACAUCGCAACGUGCAAUAAUCUGUGAUCGUCCCCGUCGAGGGCAUCACUGUCAUUGAUCAUGGCCAGCCGAAUGUCCAUGUACUCGAUGGCUUCAGAGGCCUUGGGUGGUGGUCCUCAAGCCGCCCAGGUGUCCACUACAACUCUCCUAAACGCCAUCCACAACAUCUACCUGUCUUCUCAGCCCUAUCAACUCGAUGCCAGCACCAGUCUAGUUGUCAACACAUGGCUUACAGCUGCUCAGGCUGGAGCUACUGUUGAUGCUACUCUCGCUGCUCGAGCAUGGGAACAUGCUAGACGCCGUGCUGAGGACGGCUGUGUGAUCUUGGGAUCACUCCACCAGUCAACCCCUUCGUUGCUCGUGCCUUUCCUCAACACUUUCCCCUUCGCCAUUCCUGCUUCCAUCUACAAGUCUCUGGAAGCUUUACAACCGUUCCUCCGAUGCGUUACUCCCUACAACGCUUCCGCUCCACGACAGAUUGCUCUCGGAGUUACACUGACCUUGAGUUUGGGAGGAAAUGUCACAGGCGCCUCUCUUGCUUUGUCCCAAGGUGGUAUUGACACUGAGAACGGAUUGCUCAACAUCCCCGCCGAGGCUGGCUAUCGUGCUUUUGAUGUCUUUUACUACCUCCUCACAUCAGCAUCCACACCCGCCGAGCGAGAAUUUUUAGGCCUCAAAUCCCCUUCAGCGUACGCCCUACUGGCUCGCUCCGGUACCUAUGAGCCACCAUCUUACCUGAUCACCGCCGACGAUGGUGCUGCGGCCGAUGACUUCCGUCAAGCCCUAAAGGAGAUUGGCAUCAAGGGUUCUGCCCACCGUAACUUCAUUUCCACGCUUGCCGGUCUCCUCAAGCUUGGCAACACUCUCGACUACGAUGCCGACUCAGACGAUUUCGAGGAGAUUUGCGAGGAUGUUAGUGGUCUUCUUGGUAUGGAACCAGAGGUGCUCAUGCACCAGCUGAGCACUGAGGACCGCCGAACACUCGUUGGUGGUUUGUACGAGGCUCUUGUCGACUGGGUGAUUUCAAAGGCCAACAGCGCUAUUGCUGCUCAGAUGCUUCGCAUUCGAGAUGGCGACGAGUCCAUCGAUGGCCGCGGUGUGCGCACUCCCACCUCUAACGAGGAUGGUGAUACCGUCUCAAUCACUGUUGUGGAAGUCCCCGAACCUUCCAUCGGCCGGGCCCUGGCUAUGCGUACCAUUUUCGAUGACACCAUUGGAAUCAAUGCUGAGAUGAUUGAGGAUGGCGUCGAGGUCCACCCCGUUGGAUCUUCUGUGGUUCGUGAGAUGCAACAAGCCGUUUCUGAUGUCGCACCUGAUCUGGGUAUCAUGACUGGCCCCCAGGGAAGGGACCGUCAACAUGAUCUUGAGAAGCGAGAGGUCAUUUUGGAGAAGGUUGCUUAUGGAUCCGAAGAUGACAGUUUCGUGAAAAAGCUGUUGUUCCCUGUCGAGGGUGAAGGAAUCAGCCUUGGUCGCGCGGGUCGUUUCGAUCUGCCUGCACUUCUGAGCGCCAGUCGUACUUGGUUCCAUCUUUCCCUUCAUCCUACGGAUGACUCUCCUGCCAACUUGGCUACUCUCCCUGCUAUCACUUCGGCAUGGUCAGCUGGCACAGUCUCCCGCCAGCUUCGCUCAUGGAGACUUCCCGAGUGGGCUAACCGCCGCAACCGCAACCUUGAUUACACAGCCGACUUCGACGUCGACGAAUUCGUUGGUCGAUACGGCGCUCUCGGUUGCAAGGAUGGCAAGGACGGCAUCGAGACCUGGAUGCUGGAGAGAGGCUGGAGCAAUGGCGAAGUCUUCAUCGGCAAGGAGCGAAUCUGGGUUCGCGAAGGUCCUUGGUGGGAGGCAGAGACCAUGCUUGAUAUCAAGCCCGCUCACAGCCUUCAGAGUAUGGGCCAAAAUCCUUUCACUUCUGGCUUUGACACAAGUUAUUCAGCCAACCCUCCCAAUGGCAGCGGUUUCUUCCCUCCUCCUGCUAUGGACAACAGCUUGAAUGGAAGCAAUGAUCAGCUGAUGCACACUCGCAACUUCAGCCAAGGCAACAUGAGCCAGGUUACCUUGAACCAGCAUCAGAACCUCAACCCCCAAUCAGCGCCCUCAAUUGCCCCCUCAGCUAUGCGCAACGUCCAGACCACAGGUGACUACGGUCUCGGUACCAAGGGUGACACAUACAAGGGUCAAGUCUAUUACAACGAGGACGGUGAGUUCACGGGAAUUUUGGAUGGCGAACUUGCCAAGAACAAGAAGAUCGAGUCUAAGCCUCUGCCUUUCGGUCGUCGGGCUUGGAUUGCUUUCGUUUGGGCCCUGACUUUCUGGAUUCCCUCGCCUCUGCUCAAGUUCAUUGGCCGUAUGCGACGACCCGAUGUUCGCAUGGCUUGGCGUGAGAAGUUUGUUCUCUUCUUUCUGAUUAUUCUUAUCAACGGUAUGGUCGUUUUCUGGAUUAUUGGUUUUGGAAAGCUCUUGUGCCCCAAUGCAAACAAGGCAUGGAAUGUCAAGGAGGUCGCUACUCACGCAGAGGACGAAAAGUCCUUCUGGGUAGCCAUUCACGGAAAGGUCUACGAUAUCACCGAUUUCUGGCAACAACAGCACAGUGAUACCAGCAUCAAGGUCACCAAGCAAAACAUGCUGCCUCUUUCCGGUAUGGUCAUGGAUAACUACUUCAUGCCUCCCCUGAACAGGGCUUGCAGAGGCCUUGGUAUCAAGGAGACCACACAGCUCACCUUCAACGACACCAUCACCAACCCCCUGGCCCAGCACACUUCCGGCUUUUAUACCCGUGAUCGUACUAGCGCUCUUCAUGAUCCCGACUGGUACUGGAAGAAGUUCCAACCCAAGAUCAAGGAAUACUACCAUGGCAAUCUCGUAUGGAAGAAGAGCAAGGUCAAGAACGAGGGUGAAAACGAGCAGCACAUGUGGGCCACCUAUGGCAACGAAGUGUAUGAUCUCACCGAUUACUUACAUACUCUCGACGUCAACGACAACUUCGAUUCGUACAAGUUCCUUAACGAAGAUAUGGUAGAUCUGUGGAAGAACAGCCCUGGAACCAACAUCAAGAAGGAUCUCGACCUGCUCAUCGCCAACGCAAAGAACGAGACUGUCAGUGCCAACCUUAAGAACAGUUGGCAGUGCAUUCAGAACAUUGCAUACAAGGGCAUCCUUGAUUUCCGUGAUUCUGCACGAUGCCAGGUCAACAACUACCUUCUUCUGGCUUUCGCUGUCAUCAUUUGUAUCGUUACCGCCGUCAAGUUCCUUGCUGCCCUUCAAUUCGGAUCCAAGCGACGUCCUUCACCUCAGGAUAAGUUUGUCAUCUGCCAAGUCCCUGUCUACACUGAGGGUGAAGAUUCUCUCCGAAAGGCUCUCGAUUCAUUGACUGCCCUCCAGUACGACAACAAGCGCAAGCUCAUCUGUGUCAUUUGCGAUGGUGUUGUCGUUGGUCAAGGUAAUGAUCGUCCCACCCCCAAGAUUGUUCUCGACAUUCUUGGUGUUGAUCCCAAGGUUGAUCCUCCUGCCCUUCCUUUCAAGUCUGUUGGCUCUAGCAGUGAGCAACUCAACUACGGCAAGGUUUACUCUGGUCUCUACGAGUUUGAGGGCAACGUUGUUCCCUACAUCGUCGUCGUCAAGGUUGGAAAGGAGUCUGAGCAGUCCAAGGCUAAGCCUGGUAACCGUGGCAAGCGUGAUUCUCAGAUUCUGCUCAUGAGCUUCCUCAACCGUGUCCACCACCGAGCACCCAUGUCUCCCCUCGAGCUCGAAAUGUUCCAUCAGGUCAACAACAUCAUUGGUGUCGAUCCUGAGCUCUAUGAGUAUCUUCUCAUGGUCGAUGCCGAUACCUGUGUCGAGGAAGACUCGCUCAACCGUCUCGUUGCUGCUUGUGCUCACAACGCUAAGAUCGCUGGCAUUUGUGGUGAAACUGCCCUGGAGAACGAUGAAAAGACUUGGUGGACCAUGAUCCAGGUUUACGAAUACUUUAUCUCUCAUCAUCUUGCAAAGGCCUUCGAAUCUUUGUUUGGCAGUGUUACCUGUUUGCCUGGAUGGUAUGUUUACUAGCCCCCCUCCUGUUAUCUCUAUAGCUAACCUCCUUUUAGUUUCACCAUGUACCGUCUCCGAAGCGUUGACAAGGGCAAGCCUCUCAUCAUUUCUGAUGCUGUUAUCAAGGACUACAGUGUUUGCGAUGUCGAUACCCUCCACAAGAAGAACCUUUUGUCUCUGGGUGAGGAUCGUUAUCUCACCACCCUGAUGACCAAAUACUUCCCUGAGAUGUCUUACAAGUUCAUUCCCGAUGCCCAGUGUAAGACUGCUGCUCCCGAGUCAUGGAGUGUUCUGUUGUCUCAACGUCGACGAUGGAUCAACUCGACCAUUCACAACCUGGUUGAACUUAUGCAACUGAAGGAGCUCUGUGGUUUCUGCUGUUUCAGUAUGCGCUUCGUUGUGUUUAUUGAUCUUUGCGGUACCAUUAUUCUUCCCUCAACCUGUGUCUACAUUGGUUACCUCAUCUACAUUCUGGCCACCGGCUCUGGACCCAUUCCAUACAUCUCACUUGCUAUGAUUGGUGCUGUUUAUGGUCUUCAGGCUCUUAUCUUCAUUCUCAAGAGACAGUGGCAGCACAUUGGGUGGAUGAUCAUCUACAUCCUUGCUUUCCCCAUCUACUCCUUCAUCCUCCCCCUCUACUCCUUCUGGAACCAGGACAACUUCUCGUGGGGUAACACCCGUAUCGUCAUUGGAGAGAAGGGCAACAAGCAGGUUGUCGCUGUUGAUGAUGAAGGCUUCGACCCCCGCUCUAUUCCUCUGCAGCGCUGGGACGACUACGCUCUUGCUAACAACCUGCCUGGACGUCGUGGUGGAUACCAGGAGAAGACUGACUACUCCUACGGUGACAACUAUGAGCUUGAUGAGAUCAAGUCUGUGUACUCUGCUGGUCCUCAGGGCUCUGUCUUGACUGGCAUGCCUGGCCGCAACACCUACAUGCCUCCUCAGUCCCCCGCCUUCAACAACGGUCGCACAUCGACCAUGGGCUUCCAAGAUUCUCCCAUGCAGCAUCGCCAGUCGAUGAUGUCUAUGGGCACAGGAGUUCAUGACAUGCGCAGCCAGUCACCAUACCAGGACUACCCUGGCCAACAUCCCAGCGUAAGCAACCUCCGUGGACAGGCCAAUCUUUCACCCGCCACUGGCGGUGGACAUAGCCGAUCUGGCACUGCUCUGGGCUUCAGCAGUGGUGCUCGAUCUCCCAUGCCGGAUGCCAUGCGAUCGCAGUCAUCGUUCGACUUCCAGCAUGGCCACGCUGGGCCCAACGACAUGGCUAUCGUCGAGUCUAUUCGCUCAGUUCUGUGCGAGGUUGACCUCGACACUGUGACCAAGAAGCAAGUCCGCGCUCUAGUAGAACAGCGUCUUCAGACCGAGCUGGUUGGUGAGCGCCGAACAUUUAUGGACCGACAGAUCGACCACGAGCUGGAGAACAUGUAAUUUGCACCUGAAGGGAAUUGAAAGAUUUAUAACUGUUUUUUAUACUCUAAUCUUGGGUACAUACCUUAUGCUGGGUUUAUACAGUGUCGCAGCAAUAGUCUACCUCAAUCUUGGAAAGAGUUGCUGGCGAAGUCAGAGCAUGAUGGAAAUAUGGGUGUUCAAAAAUGAGGAAGCGAGAAUACCGGCAGGCGUUGGAUAUGAUUUUUUAUUACUGGGCAGAUAUGGGAGUCGUUCCUUGGAAAGCUUUUACUGGUUGUUUGUGAAAAAUGUUAUUAUUUCUUAAUGAAUGGCUGGCUGGAACCGCUAAUGGUUCAUAUCUCAUACUUUUAAUCCUACCUGCUGUCAAGUCUUUCAACAUGCCCGCUUGUUUCGCUUACACUUCAUCUUGAAAAAUCAUAUGUCAGUAACUUGACUCUGCCCGGUGAAUGUUCUCCUUCUUUCUAGCCCAAAUUCCCUGCAUGCUACAUCGUUCACUCCUAUGAUCCUAUCGUUCGUUCCAGUGUCGUCCUCAUUUUGUAAUCAUGUUCUUUAUUGUCCACUUCAUCUCAUUACUCAAGCAUGGUUUCGUAUGUGACUUAGAUAUCCAAUACCAAAUGCUAUAUGCCUCCACUACUUCUUACCCAGGUUUCCAACGCCCUUUAAUCGUAGGUAUACAUCCGUUCCCCAUCCAUAUAGACUCUGCACCGCGAUGCCACCUCCAAAGUACUCGGCGUACGCCCUGCUCAGAGGUAGUCCGUAUCCCAGACCUGCAAUGGAACUACCACCAGUGCUGGCAGUUGAUAUCGCACUGAGACCGUCGCCACCAUUGCCAUCUCCUGGGAAGUCAUCCAUGUCGUCGGAGAAGGUGGUGAAUGAGUAUGACCAGAUAUUCGGGCUGACCUCUGGUGGAAUCCCGCCACCACGAUCGCGAAUACGAAUCGUCACUCCAGGAGCAUUAUCAUCUAGAGGGACUAUCGCAUCGUUAUUGGUGGCGUUUCGGCUGUCCUUUGAGGGCAAAUCACUGUCUUUGGUCGAUGAAUUUGACAAAGAUGUUGUUGAGGGUUCUUCAGUCAAUGCAGGCUCUGGUGCGAUCGUGACGAUUACAGGUUCGUUAGACUUGUUCUCAAUUGUAGCACGGAAAGCAUUUUUCAGCAGUUCAGUAACUAUGUACUCGAGGUGCAUAGGGACAAAUGCGAAUGUGGUGUCUGGCUCGCCAUGAAUAUAGAGAAGAGGCCGGACGCCAUAUCGAAGCUCACAGAUAUCAGCGACGAAGCCAGCACAUGACUCUACUAUUUGUGCAGGGCGAAGAGCUGUGUCGAUGACUCCAAUGUACGAGGGAUCAUCAGGGCACGGUGUUGGACUAGCAUUGGGGUCAAAGUGCGGCUGAGAACUGAAAUGUAGUGCAAUAUGCUGCUCCGCAAUGAGGCGCGUACCGAUUCGAGCGCGGAGGUGCUGGUCGAGGAAUUUUGUGACCUCUUCGGGAGAUAUAUACCGUCGACAUUCGAGGAAGCCCUUUGCAAGAAUGGGGAUAGUAUCGGUGUGUGUCGCAACGAGCUCGGCCAGUACAUUCGUGAAGCGUAUCUCGUCUUCGAGAGUCGAGAUUGGUCGUCCUUCACGGGUCGCGUGCCAGUAUGGAAGGAGUAUUGAUAAAGAAUGGAGAUAGUUGUUGUAUAUACGUGAGAUGUUCGGGUUCGCAACGACAAUGUAAGGAAGGUUGCGAAGCGCUUGGAUACGAUGGGCGAGGCGCACGGGAAGAAGAGAAAGGGCGAAAUUGGCGGAUGAGAGGAGGGACUUGGAGGAUAGAGGAGGCCGGCCGUGUCUAUAAAUUGUCAGUUAUUAUCAGUAGUUAAAAGGUGAGUUGGACAAACCUCACGAGGUCUGCGAGACACAGAGGAUGUUGAUGUUGUCGAGCCAGUGUCGCAAUCUCAUCAUCCGACACUUUCGGGGAGUGUAAACUCCGUCUCGUCACCAGCCGGUUCCGUGUGCUUUCAGGACUCCAAUGCGAUUGUCUAGGGCCCCUCCAUUGAGACAAGCAUCGAUAUGAGGUGUGACAGGGCCAAGAUCGAAGAAUAGUAGAGGCGGCAGGCCCUCGCCGCCUUAUUAACCUGGUGGAAGAAGCAAUCAUUGCAGCAUUAUGGCGUGUUUCUUAAGAAUUUUGUUUUCGCACUCCUCUUGGAGUUAAUGUCGUUGAUAUGAGAAAGUAUGGAGCUGAUCUGUAGAAGCUGAGCAGACCGGUAAAUGUCCCCGAGGCGGAUGACUCUUU